CAGCAGUCAGCACAGUUCGUUAACAGUCCUAGUCGUGGUUCUAGGAGGUUCAACCAGCGUCCAUCGACCCAGUGCUUUGUGUCGUGUCGUGUGUACCCGUAGCUACCCGUAGUUCUCCUUUAUUACCCCAAGUGUAUCCCGAAACUCCUUUUUCGAAGCUCAACUUUGUGAUUAACUCUCUGUGAAACGAAAAUGAAGCCAUUUCUGAUUGCCGCCGCUCUGCUGGUCUCGACAGUGUCCGCCUCGUGGCACGGAGCCGUCUCCACACAGUACCAGCACCUGGACCCCCAUAGCCACACCUACUCCUACGGCUAUGCUGAUCCCAACUCACAGAAGCACGAGACGCGCGCCCACGAUGGCACCACCCGCGGCUCUUACUCCUACGUGGAUGGACACGGUCACGUGCAGUCGGUCUCCUACACUGCCGAUCCCCAUCACGGAUUCAAUGCCGUAGGCACCAACCUGCCCCAGGCUCCACACGCCGCCCCCGUCUACGCUGCUGCCCACGCCCACUCCGCCUAUGCGCCCUACGCCCAUGGCAUCCACAUCCCUGUGCUGACGCACGGAGGCGUGCCAGUCGACACUCCCGAGGUGCAGCACGCCAAGGCUGCACAUGCGGCCGCUCACGCUGCUGCUGCCCACAAUGCUGGUGGCCAUCACCUGUACAAGCGUUCGAUCUACGGCGGAGGAUGGUCCUACGGAGCACCUGCCCAUGUCCCACUCACCCACGGCGGAGUGCCAGUCGAUACUCCCGAUGUGCAGGCCGCCAAGGCUGAGCACUAUGCCGCCCACGCCAAGGCUCUGGGUCAAGUGGCGCAUGCCCAUGGCGCUCCAGUCGAGACUCCUGAGGUCCAGCACGCCAAGGCUGCUCACUUCGCCGCCCACGCUGCCGCCCGCUCCGGCCAUGUCGGUGCUCCCAUUGCCCACGGCAACUACCAUGUGCCGGUGAUCCACAACGGAGUGCCUGUCGACACACCCGAAGUGCAGCAUGCCAAGGCCGCCCACUACGCCGCCCUCUCGCAGGCCUCUGCUCACGGCAGCAGCGGGCACAGCUCCUGGGAUGACGGACGCUACGACGGUCGCUGGGAGUCCAGCUCCAACAGCCACAACGCCUACGACAGCGGCUACGCGCAUAACGGUCCCAUCCACAUUCCAGUGAUCCACAAUGGUGUACCAGUCGAGCCCGCAGAGGUACAGCAUGCCCGUGCCGCUCAUCUGAACGCCGUGGCAGCUGCCAGUCAUGGCGGCGCCGGUGCUCAUGGCGGCUACUACGGUGGAGCUGCUGGUGGCCACGAGGAUGAUGGCCAGUACCGCGCGCACUACGAUCACUACUAAACGGGAGACCGGAGUUUCCGGUGGAUUCGUGCCAGCGACAAUGACAUGACGAGCAUCUCUAUACAUUCUGCCUGACAUCCUUCGUUUCACUCUAACCGACUACCGAAGCCAGCUGGCUUAUAUGUAACCCUGUCACCCUCUAGCAGCAUUCCAAUCUAUCCUUGUAUCCCUGUAUCUCUUUAUCUUUCACCUAUCUACCUACACACACAGACACACGCAAAAUACGGGAGAUUGAAGCUACACCUGCCAGUGGCUUCCUUGCCCGUUAAGCAACGAUCCAGCCUGAUUCGAGUUCCAGUUGGAACAUCUUUCUACAAGGCUUUCCUAUCCACAUCUCUGCUGUCCUACUUUUCUUCUCGUCUCUAUCUUUGUACACUGUCUUCCAUAUUUUUCAAUCCUUUCCACUUCGUUUGAGAAACGCUGUAUGAGUAUGUUGUAAAUAACUGUUGUAAUCUUUAUAUAUCUGAACAGAUAUGAAUCUAUAUAUUAUACGAAACUGCAAACAGACAAAUAAACUGCAAAAAUGUA